CCAACCAUCUAGAACACUGUACAGUAGGUGUUCUGUGACCGUACCUCAGCCUUGAUUCGGAACGAGUAGUAGGUGUACUCUGGAACUACUGCGCCAUUUAGAGCUGUGGGACACUUGCCUCCGAGUCGAGACUGGCGUCAAGUCGCCUUGUUAGCAAUUCGUGAGAGACACAGACCGGGGCUUGCCCUCCCGUAAAGAAUAACAUCGUCGGCACCCGGCCAUUACGCUCUCGGUGUGCACCCGCCAUUUGCCAAGUGCGCAGGCCAUGCCUCGAAGGCGACAUCGUUCCGAGAGCUGCGACUCGCACAGCUCGUCAGACAGCAGCUACCGACACAAGCGCAAGAGGCUCGCUAAGAACCACCGGCGGGACGAUGAAGAGCGGCCGUCGUCGUCAUCUCAUCACCGGCGGCGCAGUCGUCGCAGCCGCCGGGAGCACCGCGGCGGACCGGCGCACCACUGCUCGCGGGUGAGUGCUUUCGGGGAGAGCGGCUAUUUCGGGCCCGGGGUCCGAGCGCCAGUUGUGGGGGGCUUUUGCGUCGUUGGGCAAAUGGUGGUAGGACGCACCUCCUCCGGCGCCGCUGGUGCUGCGGGCAUGUCGGCUGCCGCUCAGUCGCCGGUGCGGAGGCCCCCGAGCGUGGAGGACGAUGAAGAGGGCCAUCUGGUGUACCGGCCGGGAGACGUGCUACAGGACAGAUACAAAAUCAUCACCACUCUAGGCGAGGGCACCUUUGGAAAAGUGGUCAAGGUGACUGACUUACACACGGAUCAGACAAUGGCAUUGAAGAUAAUCAAGAAUGUGGAGAAGUAUCGUGAGGCAGCCCGCCUAGAGAUCAACGUCCUGGAGAGGUUGGCCAAGUGGGACCCAUCGGGCAAACACUUGUGUGUCAAGAUGCUGGACUGGUUUGACUACCAUGGCCAUAUGUGCCUGGCCUUCGAGAUGCUCGGCCUCAGUGUUUUUGACUUUCUGAAGGACAACCACUACCAGCCGUACCCGAUCGAGCAGGUGCGCCACAUUGGCUACCAGCUCUGCUAUUCGGUCAUGUUUUUGCACGAGAAGCAAUUGACGCACACGGACCUCAAGCCCGAGAACAUUCUAUUUGUCAACUCGGACUACGACAUUAGCUACAAUGCCAAGAAGAAGCGUGACGUGCGACGUGUCAAGGACACCAGCAUCAGAUUGAUUGACUUUGGGUCAGCCACGUUUGACGAGGAGCACCACUCGACCAUUGUGUCGACACGCCACUACCGAGCCCCCGAGGUGAUUCUGGAGCUGGGCUGGAGCCAGAGCUGUGAUGUGUGGAGCGUAGGCUGCAUCCUGUUCGAGCUGUACCUGGGCGUCACCCUGUUCCAGACGCACGACAACCGGGAGCACUUGGCCAUGAUGGAGCGCAUCCUCGGGCCACUGCCCUAUCGCAUGUGUCGCAAAACCAAGACCAAGUACUUCUAUCACGGGCGCCUCGAUUGGGAUGAAAAGAGUUCUGCAGGCCGCUAUGUCAAGGAGAACUGCAAGCCACUUCAGCGGUACAUGUCCAUGGAUGAUGAAGCGAGUCGGCAGCUGUUCCACCUCAUCUCUCAGAUGCUGGCCUAUGAACCCUCACAACGCAUCACGCUACGCGAGGCCCUUGACCACCCUUUCUUCGAGCCCCUGCCCGAGGAGGCCAAGUUGCACCUGCAUGCCCGAGACCACAGCCUCAGCAGUGAUUGCUGAUGCAGGUGACCAUGAUGCCUGGGGCCCCAGUGAGCAGUGCGGCCUCCGAUCCACAGUGUAGAUACACCCCUCCCUGGGAGGAAAAUGCCAGUGGCCCUGAAGGAACCACAGGGCGACUUCUUUUAUGGAAAUAAAUGCUUUUCUCGGUUACA